AAAGAGGAAAUAUGCUCAGCUCAUUUGGUUAUAUCAGGUAAAUACAAACUAUGCUCCAAAUAUCCUGUAAAAUCUGUUUUUUCAACAGCCAAAAAUUGGAAUUUUCAAAAACUCACCCUAAGAUUCAGUAUGUCUUUACUUGGUAUCAAUACUGGCUUGGGGAUGUCUGUGUGGUAAUGCACAGCUCUUUGUGGGGCUAAGAAAUAAAAUGCACUCAUAGUUCUGUUGGAGUCCUGUGCUGCCUUUGCCACUGGAAAAACAUGAACAAGCAAAAAGUCCAUGCAACUCUAACCCAGAUUCCCAGCAGGCAAGAAGAAAGUUCAUGACGCAAAAUAUUUCUGGCAGACAAUUCACAUCUGAAGGAAGCCUAGCUGGAGAGAAGGAAUAACUUCUAUUGCCCUUAGAAACAGUGAUAGUUGCAGGAUAGGAAAGAUGUAUGAAAACAUAAAGUAACAAUGUGAAUUUAAUAAAUUAAAAAUCAAAAGAGGUUCAUGAAUUCAUUUUAAAAGCUGCAAAAUAAUCGGGAAUGGACUGAGCUGAAUAAUGAGCACAUACCUGUAGGCUGAUGUCCCAGCUCUGCUGCUGUUUAAUCUUGUUCAUGUUUGUGUGGUUUUAGAAAUCAAAAUGGAGAUUUAUUUUGGGAAUGCCGUAUUUAGCUGUAGUUCUAAGUUAUGUAAAACCUGAAAUGAAGAGCAGACUUGACCCAAACCCUUAAAAUUUCAAGUGCUAGUAACCACCUCAGUGAGGAACAGAGCAAAGACACAGAACAAAAUUAAUUGAAAAUGUGCUUACAGAUAUCCAGGGAGUGAGCUCCAGUAGGCUGGGCAGUGAUUGGCCGGACUGCGCUUCACCCUUUGGAGUUUCAGGGUGUUGCUGAUAAUAAGCUUUUCUUUCUUUAAUCAUCUAUAGGAACACUGUGGAAGAAAAUCCUUGCACAGUAGUUGUUGCAUGGAAGCACAAGUAGCUUUUUGUGUGACAUGCAGCAGAUUUGAGGAUGCUGGGAAAGGGGAAUUUGGGUAUUUGGCACCAUAAAAUGAAGAUUCUCAAGUCCUCAGCUCUUCCUUGUGUUGGACUACACAGUUCCAUUGAGGGGGAGUGCAUCACCGGUGUGUCAGGAAUGCCUUAGCAAUUUCAGCCAUGCUGACCUCUGCCACCACUAGGAGAGCACAUUCCCUCUCUGCAGUGGGAUGGCUUUGUUGGCUUUAAUCUGCAGGAAUGAGUUUACAAUUGUGCCUGCUUUUAAACCUGGGGCAAGCUAACUGUGAGGGUUUACCCCUGUAACUAUAUGUGCUAAAGCACAUCAAGCCCAGAUUUUUCCACACAUUUGGAGAAUUAUUUUAGGAGAAACACAGGUGCAUACACCUACUUCUUUUGGAAGAAAAAAAAAUAAGCCAUGCGAAUUUAACAUUUUAAAUAGUAAACAUCUUGGAGAAGCAAUCACUGAUCAGUCAGAGCCUGUUAAUUGCAUCUCUGGAAUGGUGCGGGUCAUUCCUGCAAGCCAUGGUGACUUUGCAUUCCAGUUUCAUGUGGAAUCCAAAAACAUGUCUAAAACUGCAACAGAGUUCCAGUUUCUGCUGCUCUCUGAUGGUAAGCAAGUCCUUUGUGGGUAGGGAGAGAAUAGAACUGUGUGUGUGAUCCACAGCGUUGGACUUGUAACUCAGGUGGUUUUCAUUUGCUGGAUGUCUGAAAAGGCUCUUCCUGUGGGUUCAGAAUUAUAAGAAGAGUUGAUACUAUUAUUAUUCAUUCUCACUGGGGGGAAAAAACCAUGUAAACUUAUCUUGAAGACUGCCAAAUGCCAUUUCAAGUGCUCUGAAGGGGUUUUAUGUUUCCUUCUCUGAAGACGGCUAUGAUCUUCCCGGAUUCAUUAAUGCACGAGAGGCAAAUCACAGAAAAGGCCUUUGUGUGUGUGGAACUGGUGGCAGGAACGGAGCACUUACUAAGGAGCUGCACAUACCUCACUUGCCUGUCUGUCAGAAGAUCCUAUCCCUGUCAGAUAGCAGCAAGACAUUCCUGGGGGUGGAGUGAGAAUAAAUUUAUCUUGGGACUGAGCAGGAUGUUGCUUUGCCAGGAGAGCUGGUUUGCUCAAUUCAGGAAUUUUCCAUUCUGUAUUAACCACCAGCAUUAACAACUGCAAUUAGAGCUACUUAGCUUAACAAGUUAACAGUUUUCUGCAGCUCAUCCGUCCUUCUGCUGGCUCUCCUCUGUCUCCUUACUGCUUGGUUGCACUACUUCUCCAAAAAUUCCUGCUUUAGAGGUAUGCUUUCACAGCUGGGUCAUGGAGGGGGCUGCGUUCCUGGUACUUUAGGAAGGCUGCUGCAAGGUAGAUGCGGUGUUAGACAUGCACUCUUUGCUGUAAGGAAAUAUUCUGCGUGGGUUUUACUGUCUUUUAGUAGCUUAUUCAUCAAUUCAGCACCCAAAAACCCCUGUAGAGGGGAAGGCUCUGUAUGGAGGGGCCGGGAGGAGUGUAUCCUGUGGCUUGAGGAGGUGGUGGAGUGCACCUCUGCUUGCCCUUUCCCUUCUAGCUACUCUGGUGUGAGCAGGCUGCAGUUGUGCCUGGGUAGAUGUGUUUGCUUCGGUCAGUUUAAUUCAAAAUAUUUAGUUUAUCUGGCUUGAUAGUUAUAAUUUUGUGUGCUGAUUCCGAGUAUAGCACAGGCUGUUAACAGGGAUAUAAAAUGCAGGAUCAUAGGGAUUUGCAGGCAGCUCGACUUCAUUAGCUUGAAACAACUGAAAAACAUUGUAUUUAAAGAGAUGCAUCAGCCAAUGUCACAAAUUAGUUGUCAGUUCUUGCAAUUGCUAGUUAGAACAUGCCAAAAUUAUAAGCUAUUUGUUAGGUAUGAGAAUUACUACUUAUACAAUAAUACGUGGAUGUAGUUCUGUUAAAUAAUUGUAACCUCUCUCUAAAAAAAGAAAAAGGUAGUUCUGGUCCAUCAUUCUUUAUAAAUGGAAAUGCCUGUUGGCUAAAUCAGGGGAGGGGUUCAAGUAGCUGCAGCUGUGGAGUAUGUUUGAUAAUUUGCAUGCUCCACCUCCUGCCCUUAUUGCAGAAUUAAAUUGGUCUUUCAGUAACAUGGGAAUGUUUGCUGUUCUACCACCUGCUCCCUCCCUUGCGCCUACCUGACCGUUCCAAGGUAAUGGCAAUCCCUGUUGGCACCCUGGCGUGGGUGCCAGCGCUGGGAGGGGAUGUGGGUAGGGACCGUACUUCUGGGAGCGGUUCCCUUUGUCAGCACACCGAGGAGAGGCUGGGGAGCAGCCCCACGCUCUGAACUUGCUCUUCAAGAGGAUACCAAUAUCCCCUCAAGGCAAUGGAUGUGAGGAGGAAGCAGUGUUUAAAGGCUUCAGAAAACCUGAGCUGGGUUUGGCAUAGCAGGUAGGCAUUUUAUGCAGGUAACAUGGAGAGCCACCUUCUCGUUAGCUUGGCUGGAAUCUGAAGUCUUUCUACUGCAGGAAUUAACUGGAAAAAUUGCCUUUGAAGAAAAAUAAGGAAACAAUGCACUCUUGGUGUGUUUCAACGGGAAAAUAUAUUUUUUGAUCCUGUAAGGGUUAAGCGUGAUCAGAAUCUGCUUUAGUCUCAAGAGUUUGACCUCAAGUGGUGCCUUUUUUGUUUGCCAUAAGCCUAUUAGAACUCUCUGUUUCCUAGCAAUAACAUGUAAUUUCUCCCCACUAUUUAAAUGGAAGAGAUGUUAGGAUUUUAAUCCUGCCCACUAGAGCUGUUGCUCAAGUUUCCCAUUCAAAUGCAAAUAAUACCUGGUGCUGUUUAGAUAGCUGCAGUCUUUGAUAGCAAUACUCCAGGAGGAGAGAAAAAAAGAAAAGCCAGGUGGUCUGACUGUUCUGGAAAGGGAGAGUAUAACCAUAUGCCAUGCCAGCCUGUACUGGACAUUUCUACCAGAUUUAUUGCAUCCAGCACAGACUCUUUUUGGAGACAAAUGGAUGGCUGGAAUGAUUUCUGUUUCUUGAGCAGGUAUGAAUUUUCCCAAGGAAGAAAAGACUUCCAGAGAAGAUAAAAAUGUAGUGGAUGGAGUUUUACCUUGCCAGAUUGUCCUGAAAGGAGUUUUUUUCUGGGCUGUUUUGUUUGUUUCUUCAAAUCCUGUAUUGUUUUCUAGAUUUUAAUUUGUAGUUUUCAGAGUACAGAUUCUUAAUUAUUUUUUCUGUAUUUUUUCCUUGUGCUGUUUUUGCUCUGUGUCAGAUAGAUAAAAGAAGUUAUGAUAAAUGAAUUGGGAAGUCAGGAAAAAUUUGAAAGGCUGCUCCACUAUUUAAGAUUCACAGACAAGAGAUAACAUUACUUCUUAACUAAAACAAGACCAGUGCUAGAUCGAAGUUAAAAAACCUUCUGUGGAAAUUUUUAAUUGUAUAAAUUGUUUUAAUUUCACUUGUGAAGAUACCUGUUUAUUCAAGAAAGAGCUUUACAGCCUUGUUGCAUUUUUCAGGGCUGUUUUGCCUUCUAUUACAUGUGGAAACUGAAGGAUGCUUUUUUGGAGGGUUGUGACUUGAUGCCAUCAUCUUCCUGCUAAAAUCAAAGUAUCUGCUGGGUACAGAAUGCAGUUGAGAUCUGCAGAAAAGCAGAAAUGAGUGCUUUAAAAUAUUUUAAAGGAGAGAUUUAGAAACUGGCAGAAAAUUUCAAGGAGUGCUUGAAAGAAAUCAGCAUCAUACUGAUCUCAGUGAACUUACAAAUAAACCAGAAGCAGCAAUUUGUUGGAAGGGAAGACUCUGCUGACAGGAAUAUCAGCUUUCAUGUGAGAAAACUGGGUAUAAAGAAUGAACAAUUGCUACCAAACUGGAGAAGCAGAGCAGUGAUUUCAGUGCUGCUAUCAAACUCUGACAGAUCUUUCCUUGUUUAAUACUAAUCUCUUUUGUCUCCUGCUGUUUCGUCUUUGGCCUAAUACUGGAAUUAAAACAGGUUCCUGUCAUUCUCCAAACUUCAGCAAAUGCCUUUUGCAAGUCAGAUGUUGGGAGUGUGAGCAGGUGUGCUGUGUACGCUUCCCAUGACAUCAAAGGCACCCUUGAGAGGAGAACCCCGAGUGUGAGCUGAUUUGCUGGGUCAUGUUUUCUCUCCCCUGACACUCCUUCCCCUUGACCGUCUUCAGCUGGGUGUGAACAACUGACACGGAGCUGAGCCAAGGCUGUGCCUUGACUGUGGACCUGUUCAGCCAGUAAAGGCAGCCUGACAGCAAAAUGAUGGAAGAGAUUUCCAUAGUGGUGGCUUAUGAUGCCCAUGUGUUUGGCCAGCUGUGCGAUGAGGAUUUUCUGGCCAAUCUGGUGGCAGUCAGCAAACCCAAAGCUGUGGUGCCAACGAAAAAGCUGAAGAAAUAUGAGAGAGAAUACCAAACAAUGCGAGAGAGCCAGCUGCAGCAGGAAGAUCCUAUGGACAGAUAUAAGAGGGAAAACCGCAGACUCCAAGAAGCAAGCAUGAGGCUAGAGCAGGAGAAUGAUGACCUUGCCCAUGAGCUUGUAACAAGCAAAAUUGCCUUACGGAAUGAUCUAGACCAGGCUGAAGACAAAGCAGAUGUUUUGAACAAGGAACUUCUCCUGACCAAACAGAAGCUAGUGGAGACUGAGGAAGAGAAAAGGAAGCAGGAAGAGGAAACUGCUCAGCUGAAGGAAGUAUUCAGGAAGCAGCUGGAGAAGGCAGAAUCUGAGAUCAAGAAAACCACAGCCAUCAUUGCAGAGUACAAACAGAUUUGUUCCCAGCUGAGUACCAGGCUGGAAAAACAACAAACGGCCAGUAAAGAUGAACUGGAAGUUGUGAAGGGUAAAGUGAUGGCCUGCAAACACUGCAGUGAGAUUUUCAGCAAGGAGGGGGCACUGAAGGUUCCUGCUGUAAGCACAGACAACAAAGGCAUCGAAACAGAUGAUGAGAAGGAUGCACUGAAGAAGCAGCUGAGAGAGAUGGAGCUGGAGCUUGCACAGACCAAACUGCAGCUUGUGGAAGCCAAGUGCAAAAUUCAGGAGCUGGAGCACCAGAGAGGAGCCCUUAUGAAUGAAAUCCAAGCUGCCAAAAACUCUUGGUUUAGCAAAACCCUGAACUCUAUCAAAACAGCCACAGGCACACAGGCACCCCAGCCGCCCCUGCCUCCCAGAGAGGGCAGCACAUAGUUCCAGCUGCAGCCGACACAAGAGCACAAAGAACAACACAGCUGAAACCUUGGAGGAUGCUUCCAGUGGUCUCUCCUCCUGGGAAAAGGACAAUGAGGCAGGAGUGCAGGCUUGAAGUGAUCUUCCGUGUUUUUCAUUCAUUUUCUGAUAUGACCCUUUUCAAAGGGGGAAAAAAUAGUCCUGGUUUUUGUUGAACUCCUACUUCCCAUACUGCCUUGCUGAAAGCCACGUUCUGAUACCUUCAUACUUUUACACUUUAUUUUAUAUGACUAGAUGUUAAAUAAAUAUUUCAAAACUAGGUCUUUAAUACACAUGUAAUUUGAAAUUAUUUUUGUCUUGCAUAGAAGGUUUUUCUUCUUCUGGUGGAGGAAGAGAGAGAAUGGAAAAUGGACAGUACUGCAGCAUAAUUUCUCCCUAGAAAGCACAGUGUAAGACAUUGAGGAUAACUUAGGCCCUGGGACCAUCUUAAAAGUUUAUCACAGCAACUGUGUCCUGCAGAGAAGCACUUUUUGUAAAGUUUAGGCCAUAGAUAGGCUUGUGCUCUCCUGGCAAAAUUACUAUGAGCUUCCCUUACAACUUCUAAGUUUGGAUUGGUUUUUCUUCAGAAAUGCAAGUAGUGCAGGUUUUGUAACAGUGUUGUUUAAAGGCUAUUUAUAGCUAAACUGGAAUUUAAUACGAAAUCUCUUAGUUCCCUUUUUUAAAUUCAUGUUUAUAUUAAGAAUUCUAAGGAAUAAUUCCUUCCACUGGGAUAAAGGGAGAACUGUUUUGACACUUACUUGAUAUUUUUGCUGAGAAGCAGAGUGGAGACCUUGCAUGGUUUUGACCUCUUGUAAAUCCUGUGCAUUAAAGGGUGGGUUUUAUGAAUAAAAGUAAUGAAAACUUUGCCCUGGGUCUAUAUUCAGAUUCCAGAUUUGACACAGAAAUGAGGUAUCAAUCAAGAGGCUUGUGCUGCACUGAUGAAUAAAAUACCACAGAAACAAGAUCUGUUUGCUAGAAGUGUUUGGUUAGGAAACACUUUGUUGAUAUUACUUAUUUUUAUAAAAAACAAGCAUUUUCAAGUGGAAUACAAGCCCUAGACUUUCCUGUGGGGGUAGAUUUCCGUGGUGAUUCCCAAACCAGUCUGGUUGUUUUAUAUCUCUUAAGGUAAGAAAGUUCAAAAACAUUUGUUUUGAAUAAACAUAAAGUGUUCGUAAAAAUACUUAUUUCAUGGAAAAUUAAACUGUUGCUUGAACUGAUGGAAUAUUUUUUUAAUUAUAUGUGUCACAUCUGAAGAUGGUCUUGCAGGUAAAUAUCAUUGCUGGACUAAAUGUUGUGUAUUAAUUGUUUCAUUUACAAGAUUUUUGCAGGGACACUAGUUCUGUUUUGAUUUUUUUUUUUUUUUUAAUUCUAAGGAAUGCCAUAUAUUGUUGGUUUUGUACAAUAAAAUUUAAUAAUACCCAUCUUGUGCUUUGUUGUCAAGCAUAAUUGUGAAUUAUUUUCAACAGGGUAGUACAAAUUUAAUGUUACCAGUGCCAAAGGAAAGAGUCUAAAAGAGAGUCAGCUGAUAGCAGUUGAGGAUCAAAAUAUAAUCACCAUCCUGACACAAUUCUCUCUUUUAAGAAUAAAGGGUUAAAAAACUUUAAUAUUUUAAAAUGUAUCUUCAAGAACAGUGAUAAUCUGGAAUUAUUAAUAUAGUGAGGAACAAAAGGGGGGAAACAGAAGCUAUUUCUUCUGCAAAUGUAAUCAAAGGUCUUUUUCCCUUGUCACUGUCUUGCUCGUAAUAUUUGCAUAAAUGUUUCCAUUCUCUUGACUGACUAAACCCAGUGUUAGUCAUUCACUUACCAGUUCCACUUCACAUUCAGAAUGUGAAUCUGAAUUAAUAAUAAAUCUGAAGUGACAUUUAAGGAUACCUGGUGAACUUCUGAUUGUUGCAUUUGAGAGUACAGUGCCCAUGAGGGGAAACUGGUUAUUUGACAAGUGUCUGAAUUUUUCAUUUCAUUUAUCUUACAUAAUUCUUACUGAAUUUUUCCAAUCAUGGUUUUAAAUUCACUUGUAAGAAUGAUUAAAGAAAUGUGUUAAGCUGUGACUUCCUGAGCAGAUGAGUUAAGAGCUCACUCCUGGUCACCCCUCCAACUCCUCAUUAUUCAAUCCUGUCCGUUAUCCUUAUUGUAGUAUGUACUUGAGAUAAUUAAAAACAACAACAAAAAUAGAUGUGGGUAGAUUUAUCCCCCUACAGUUCAUCUUUUGUCAAGUGAAUGAGUUAAAUCACCUCAAAGGGUCCAAUGAGUGCAAGCAGAUCAUGGAAGUGGGACUUUACAAGUUAUCAAAAAGGACCUGGUAAAUAAGGUCACCACAUUUCACAGAAUGAGCUUUGACACAAUAUUCAUUUUCUCCGUGUAGCUGCUUUUUGACUUUGGAAGUUGAAUUUCAGGAACAAAACCACAUUUGCUACCUGCUAAUCAUGAUUAUUUCAAACUCUUGUAAGGAUGGAAGCUGGCUUAUCUCACCCAAAGAAAGUUUCAGAAAGCAAUGACCCUAAAGGCAGUAAACAAUUUCCACCUUCCAGCUGUAGAUCCAAGGUAGCAUUUGUAGCAGUGGCAUUUGGAAGAGUAAUAUUUAGCUGGAAAGUGCAUCUUCUCAGCAUUACUGAAAGAGUAAGAAAAUAGCUUUAUGGCAUUAUCUUGAUGAAUACUCAGAAUGAAGGAAAAGAGCAGGACUCCAUGAUUAAACCAGGCAAGCUAAAAUUCUAUCUGUCGACUGUAGAUGCUAUUGGGAAAUUUAGUUUCCUGCAAGAAAAGAAAUCUCUGUGUGACAGAACUACCUACACACAUAUUGUUGGUGAUUUGUCAGGGAUAGCUGGCUUAUUGGUCAGCUUUUCAGCAGGAAACAUCAUCCAAGUCUCACUGAAACUGUUGUUUCCAUGUGGCACUGGAACAGCUAACACAGCUCCUAAGUCUGGAGUGAUUAACCUUUUUUCCCCUGAGUCUGUAGUAAAUUAUGUGUUCACAUUAAACUUUUAUUAAAAUUAAUUUUAAUUUUAUAAAUAUAUAUGUGGAACUAAAACCUAUUUUUAAAUUUUAUUGAGAAGGCACCAUUCUGAAAUAAAGUCUUUACUUUGAUUAGGAACAAACCUCCAAAGAAUAUUUUUACUACAACUUUUAUCUUGUUGGACUAUAAUCUGAUCCUAAUAUGGGGGCAAAAAAAAAGUCCUUCUUUUCACUUUAAAAAGUUGCUUUUCCUUUGAUUGUAACACUUUACAAGCUAAAUGAAGCAAGGCUGAUUUAGUUACAUGGUACAUUUGUGAACUAGUCUUGUAUUAUCUUUGUGAACCAAACUUAAUAUCCCAAAGUAAUAGAACUUAAUCCACUUAGUUUACGUUUAUAAAUGUACUUGGAAAGGAAUAAAAAGAAAAAAAGAUAGAAAACACCAUGGGUGGAGAAGCUAAGAAACUGCAAAAUCCCUGAGGUGCAUCUUGCAUUAGGGUUUGGCAGAACCAGUCUCAGGAAGGGUAGUCAGUCAUGUAAUCAGUACUGCCAGUGGAUGAACCUGCCCUUGUCCUGUCCAUUAAUGAGGAUUUAACUUUACAGCUAAGUUACAUUGCUAGAACUAAG